GCAGCUCCGACAUUCUGACAUUUAACAAGAGGCAGAUAGCCACUUACCACAAUUCGUGGGCAGAAAAGUCAAUAAAUUAGAAAACUUGCUGUAAGAAUCACAAAAUGCGCAUACCUUUUGGCAAGAAACACGCUGAGAUCGCGACGUCCUUCGUCCGUUCCGGCGUCGGAUUUGGAGGCGCAGCUGGUCUAGCUCUGCUGUAUUACACAGACUGGAAACUAAUCCUGCAGUAUAUGCCAAUCUAUGGCUCAAAGUUUGAUAAGAGCGAAUAAUCUAUCAUUUUGAACUAGAUAAAGUGAAUAAAAGUAAAUUUCAACAAAGAGAA